GGAUCCAAUUCACGACUUCAUUACGUUCCCAGCAUUCAUCUGGUCCUUCAUUGAUACACGCCAAUUCCAGCGACUUCGCGCCAUCAAGCAGCUCGGCGUUUCGUACUAUGUCUGGGCUGGUGCUUCGCACAACCGAUUCGAACAUUGCAUUGGUGUCGCGCAUCUAGCGGGUAUGCUCGUUGAGCGUCUCAGAGCGAUGCAGCCAGAGUUAGGUAUCACGGAACGCGACGUGCGUUGUGUACAAUUGGCAGGCCUUUGUCAUGACCUAGGACACGGUCCGUGGAGCCACGUGUGGGAUGGCCAUUUCAUCCCCGAGGUCUUGCCUGACCAGAAGUGGACCCACGAGGAUGCGUCUGAAAUGAUGUUCGACGACCUCGUCAGGCAAAAUAAUAUUCCUUUCGAUGAGGGUGAUGUUAACUUUGUCAAAGAUCUUAUUAAAGGAAGCGUAUGUCAUACAGCUCACAGCAAGCCUCCAGAAAAGAAGUUCUUGUUUGAUAUUGUUGCAAACCGACGCAAUGGGAUAGAUGUCGACAAGUUUGAUUACAUUGCCAGGGACGUUCGUGCAAUUGGCGACCACAACAACUUCUCGUCAAGGCGUCUGAUCGACUCCGCUCGUGUGAUAAACGACGAGAUUUGCUAUCAUAUCAAGGAUGCAAACUCAGUUUACGAACUCUUUUCGCUGCGUUUCAGCAAUCACAAGCGGAUCUACAGCCAUAAGACUGCUCGAGCCAUCGAAUAUAUGAUUGUCGAUGCGUUGAAAGCCGCGGAACCCAGCAUGAAGAUUGCGAAACAUAUACUUGACCCUGUGAAGUAUGUGUACUUGACAGACAAUAUUCUGGAGCGUAUAGAGAUGUCCGAAGACCCUUCACUGGAAGAAAGUCGGAAGAUAAUUGAGCGCAUACGCAGACGCGAAUUGUACCGAUGUGUCGAUUGGGGCACUUUUCCGUACAACGCUCUUGCAAGUUUGAAGGAAACAAUCACACCAGACCACAUUGUCCGCUCUGCAAAAGGACUUUUCAAUGCUGUACGGACGGGCAAGAAUGACUACACAGCUCCGAGCAAGCAUGUCGUCACGGGUCUAUCUCCUGAGCAUGUAGUAGUUGACUUCUCAGUUCUGCAUCAUGGGAUGAAGGAGAAGAAUCCAAUCGACUCUGUACGAUUCUAUGGGAAACAUAACAUUAAUAAAUCAUUCAAGGCCGAACCCGGAGAGCUUUCUACACUCAUGCCUGCGUGCUUUGCUGAGAUCCAACUCCGGGUCUAUACAAAGGAAUCUAUAUUCUAUGGCCUCGUCCAAGCGGGAUAUCGAGAACUCCUUUUGGCUCUAUCGGACGACGCGGCUCCGCCAUACCUAAAUCUCAACAGUUCUCCUUCGCCAUCAGUGACGGAGCCGCCUUCAACGCCACGUAUGCGUGCAACGGCGUCACCGCCGGGUUCUCGCAAUAUGAGUUUUUUGAACCUGGCGAAGACACCGUCAUUCACAGCUCCAAACAAGUUUACGAAGGUUGAUGCGUCGUUUGCUCCGCCUUCACCUUCACUGAGCGCAAAACGCGACAGACUGUCUGUACCGCUCGAAUCCCGAUUUGUGAUAGAACCGAGCCUUGUUGUGCAGGAUAGCCUAGCAUCGGUGACAACAGAGGCUGCACAGAGUGACGCCGGUACAUCGAGUUCUGCGCAGACGGCUGUAGAAGACCAUACCAGCCCAACUCGUUCUAAUCAGGUUCCAACGGAUACGGACGAACCAAAGACCCCGAGGAAGCUGCGAGGUGCCUCCUCCCAAGAGCUGAUACUGUCACCUUCACCGAACAUCACACCGCGCUCUGCGCACGGCACACGUCGCAGGCGAACAAAUAGCGUUAAUACUUUGGACGAAGGAAAAGACUUUUGCAAUAAAAAACGAAGGCAUUGAGGUUGCCCUAAGAAAAUGUUGAUCACGUCUUCUGCGCGAUUCGCAUUUCGUUAUUGUCCUGCGUUCUUUCUUUCAUGUCGCUCGUCACACGCCUUCUCUGUUUAUUGGAUGUUUGCUGUUUUUUCUUUGCUUGCUUGAAUUUUUUAUCGAUCGGCUCCAUCUGUCAUUCCGUCUCCUAGAAUCUAGUUCCUCCUUGACUUCGUUCAAAUCAUCAAAUCUCGCACUUUCAACCAUGUCGCAUUUUUGUUUUAGAGAUCUAGAACCUCAUGACUCUUGCCCUCUUUCGCAUCCACGACGCAAUGUCCUCUAGAAGCCCAUGCUUAUAGCUAUCCAACCUCC